UGCGCGCGCUGUGGAGGUUCCGUAAGCUGGGUGUGCAGGCUGCGUACGUACAUUCUUGUUCCAGAUUCUGCCUAGCUAUCUGGGUCUAUGCUGGUGUAAUUUGUAAGGAGUUUAGACCAACCCCCAAGGGUAGAAACUUUGCCAGAAGAAAACAUGUUUGAUUGGGUUGCUUCAAGCAGAAGGAGUCAGCACUUUCAUAUUAUUGUAUGCGUGCAUCAUUUGCGCCGCCCUGGGUUUCUUCUAGGUCGAGGCUGUUUUAGAAGCGCAGGGCCAAGGCCCUAAGGCUCGGGAUGCUCCGAGUCCGACUGGGUGGGGCAGCCUACGGAGCUUCCUGCGGAGCUUACAGCUGCCUGAUUCGGCAUGGGGCAAAGCCGUUGCGCCACGCCCGCGCAGCCCGCCUUGCGGCCCGCCUCGUGGCCCCGACGCAUCGCCUCGAUGUGAGCGUUCAGUCUGAGGUAGGCUUAACUGGCUUAAUUCAGUUCCGGAACAGUUCAUCCAGCUCAUCACCUAUGCCUGGCGGCUGCUUAGAAACAUAUCUUCAAAUGAAAGCCAAAGGAGAGAUUCAGGAGGAUCCACGGCAGGAAGUCUGCAUGAAGAUGUUGGAUGAUCUCGCCAAACAGAUCGAAAACUACUCACCUAAGAUGACGAGAGCUCCCAAAGCUGCAGCCCCAAGCUCUCCACCCUCUGGAGGCGGAGGUGGCUUCUUUGGAGGGCUCUUUGGAGGGACAAAAGCUCCAUCAGCUCCCAGCAAGACGCCAGAUGCAGCUCAAAGCUCUUUGAAACCAGUAGCAGGGCAGAUUGGGCUCUAUUUGUGGGGUGGCACUGGUACUGGAAAAACCUUUAUGAUGAACAUGUUCUACGACAAGAUCAAGGUGCAGAACAAGAAACGCAUCCACUUUCACGAAUGGAUGAUCGAUGUUCACUCUCGCUUACACCAGAAGCAGAAGGGCAGCAGUGCCAAAACUGAUAGCACAGCUGAUGACCUGGUGGAGCAAGUCGCUGCAGACAUGAUGAGAGAAGCGUGGCUCUUAUGCUUUGAUGAGUUCCAAGUGACCCAUAUCAGUGACGCCAUUAUCAUGAAACGGAUCUUCUCCGUGCUUUUUGAGCUUGGGGCCGUGGUCGUGGCCACCUCAAAUCGUCCGCCCAAGGACUUGUACUUGAAUGGAUUGAACCGGCCGCUCUUUUUGCCAUUCAUUCCAAUGCUUGAAGCCUUCUGCAAAGUACAUGAUAUUGGUGCCGAAGUGGACUAUCGAAUGAGCUCUUCCAGGGACGACGAUGACGAUCGGGUUUACCUGACUCCAAAUGGACCGGAUGAAAAGAGGUCUUUGGAGGCAAAAUUUGCGAAGAUCUGCAACGGCUACGAGCGUUCAAAUGUGCAGGU